AUGCGAGACCCUAAGGCACCUGAUGUUCAUCAACGGUACCGACUCACGGUGGAUUGUAGACCUAUCAAUCGCCUUCGUUUGGUCUAUGACUCCGAGAAGCGCUUCGUCUAUUGUGCAAAUACGGGUGAUAGUUUGCAUGAGAUAGAGAAGCCGAAGCUCACCAAGCAGUUCUUGACUACGGCUUUGCUCCAAGUCCAGGACAUUCCGUCGGACCGUACCUAUUCUUUUGGUCGGCUCGAUCUUCAACAUGCAUUCUACAGUAUUCAUGUUGGCCCUGCCCUUUCUCGCCUCUUCGCAGUUGCUGCAAAGGACCCAUCUACUAGGCGUUUGCACCAUUAUCGGUUCACGACGUUGGUGCAAGGUUGGAAGUUCAGCAGCCUACUUUUUGGUCUGGGGACUCUUAAGAUUGUGACGGAAUUCAUCCAGCCGGCCUUGGACAAACGGCAAAUACCGGUCACAGUCAUCUGCUAUCAGGACGACUUGUUGUUCUGCGGAGAUUCUGAUGAUGCCAUCCGUCAAGCUAUGGUUGUUGCUAAAAAGAUUCUCCACAAGCUGAAUUUCAACACCAACGACCAAAAGCAGGAGGGGCCGACUCCAGCCAUUGACUUCUGUGGUAUGCGUAUCUCGUCCACUGGUGUCACGCCAUCUCCAUCGCGCACAGUCUUGACGGAGGCCGCUGUCGAAAAUGCGCUGUCAACGUUCUCUAAGGGCCUUCCUUUCUAUGCCAAGAACAAGAAAGGCAAACGGCGCAAGCAAUCG